AUGCAGCUCACAUGCCUCCUCAUCAGUGCCUCUCUCCUGCUCUCAUCCGCCUUUGCGGCUCCAGCAGCAUCCUUCGGCACCUCAUCCCCGGCCCAACUCAUGCUCAAACGUCAAUAUGAAUCUGUCAACUACGACACGCUCAUGCUCGGACGCGAUGCAGCUGAACCUCUGGGCAAGCGCAUUGUUUACAACCCUCACAUCACCCAACCCACCGCCUCCACCGUCUGGGUAGCUGGCAAUACAUACCAUGUCAAAUGGGACACCUCAGACCAACCCCCUGAGGCAGCCAACUACACUGGUAUCAUCAAACUCGGUUUCAUCCCCGAAUCCGGCCAAGGUGGAUACAACCUUCACUGGACCCUCGCCGAUGGUUUCCUCAUUCGAGAUGGAAAGACGAGCAUCACUCUGCCACAGGAUCUGGAGGAGAGGAACGACUACAUUGUCGUAGUGCUUGGCGAUUCGGGUAACAAAUCGGACAAGUUUACUAUUAAGAAGGCUCGUUCCCUUGUCGAUGGUCGAGAGGACCAGAAUUUGGGAGAGAUCAUCGAGCAAAACAUCAACGACGCUUUUGAGCAAGCUGGUAUGCAGUAG